AUGGACGAAGGGUUUCCGGGGCCCAGUAUGCGACCAGCCUCCCAUAAGGAGCGCGCCCCAAUUAAUAAUAUAUGGUCCAAUGUCCGUAUGUUGCGCACGAUGAUCAGUACCGAGCUUGUGGUCCUUGUCUCCAUUGUCGGUACACAGUUGAUGGUUGAAUUGCCGCCGCGAAGCGGAGUUUGCGGCCAGAUCAUGUCAGAUCUGGAAAGGCACGUCCCCGGCAUGGCCCGCUCGACCAGCAAUCAUUAUACGCAUGCUGUACCACGCAUUGGUGCAUGA